GUCAAUUUGUAAGCGAUAUUGAAUAGAUUGCAUAAUUGUUCAUUUCUUUUACUAAACAUUUACGUAGAGAAUUUGCCGGUUGUUGGCAGCUACUAAUCCGAGUAGAUAUUUACGUACGACUAUUAAAAUGUUCGUCACACGCAGGGCUGGCACUUUAAUUUGGAGUGUAGGUGCAACUCGUCAAAAGCACUCUCUACCAGAACUUCCUUAUGAAUACAGUGCUUUGGAACCCGUGAUCAGCCGUGAGAUAAUGAGCCUUCAUCACAGCAAACAUCACGCUACAUAUGUGAAUAAUUUAAACGCAGCAGAGGAGAAACUCGCUCAGGCUCAGUCUAAAGGUGAUAUUCAGACAGUCAUCAACUUAGCCCCAGCUCUUAAGUUCAAUGGUGGUGGUCACAUCAACCACACCAUUUUCUGGCAGAAUCUUUCACCUAAAGGAAGUAAACCCUCUGAUGUUCUCAACAAAGCUAUUGAAAAAGACUUUGGAUCCUGGGAUAACAUGAAAAAUCAAUUAGCAGCAGCUUCUGUGGGCGUACAGGGUUCAGGAUGGGGCUGGCUUGGUUACAAUAAGCUGAUGAAGAAACUGCAAAUUGCCACAUGUCCGAACCAAGAUCCUUUGGAAGCAACUACAGGAAUUGUACCACUUUUCGGCAUUGAUGUUUGGGAACAUGCUUAUUACUUACAAUACAAGAAUGUCAGAGCCGAUUAUGUUAAAGCAAUAUUUGAUGUCGCCAACUGGCAAGAUGUUUCAGCGAGAUACGAAAAAGCUCUUAAGUAAAUGCGCUUAUUAAAAUUCGCAUUUUUUAAUCUCUUAGUUGCGUGGGCUUAAAAAGCAAUAUUUAAUAAUCGCAAUUACAAUUUAGUCAUUAGACUGUACCUUGUGAUGCAUUCAUAAGUUUAAAAAUAUAUAUAAUAAACUUCGA